GCCGCCGCCGCCGCCGCCGCCGCCGCAGCCGCCGCCCCGGGUUUGGGCCCCGACCAUGAAGAUCCCGCUGCUGGUCUCCACGGGAAUCCUGCUGGUCGCCCUCCUGCCCUGCCAGGAGUGCAGAGCUCUCAGCAAGAGCCCGGUAGCUGCCCACGGGGCUCUGCACCAGCCAGACUUCCUCCAGCAGCAGCAGCAGCAGCAAACUCUGCCCGUCCUGCUCCGCAUGGGAGAAGAGUAUUUCCUGCGUCUGGGCAACCUCAACAAGAGACCCGUUGGCUCUUUCUCCGCCUCCUCCAGCAGCACCAGACACCUACAGCCCGAAGCCCCCGCCAGCAACUUUUUCCGGGCGGCGGUGCACCAGCUGCAGCGGCUGCCCGAGCGCUCGCUGGAGAGCCCCGAGGAGGGCGAAGCCGAAGGUGAGGCAGUGGAGAGGGAGAAGCGAUCCGAGGAGCCCCCAAUUUCUCUGGAUCUGACUUUCCACCUCCUGAGAGAAGUCUUGGAGAUGGCCCGAGCCGAGCAGUUAGCGCAGCAAGCCCACAGCAACAGGAAACUGAUGGAGAUAAUCGGGAAGUGAAGCGGCCCCUCCCCGCCUUGCCAAAGAGAUUCCGCAGUUAGCACAAGAAUAAUUACAACGUCCGAUGUACCAUAGUGCUGCUCUGAUGCCAUCUCUUUAUUUUUAUAUAGCUUUAAACCUAGAAGGGUGUACGCCGAACAGCCUCAGUCCCUUGACUAGCAUGCACAACAGUGUACCAAGUGCAGAAACACGAGUGUCGUUCGUAACCUCCCCUACCUUUAUUUAUUUCUCCAUUU